AUGCAUGUCCAGACGAUACCGAUGUGGACGGGAAAGAGCAACAAUUACGCGUACCUGGUGACCGACGAGCCCACGAAGGAGUCGGUUAUUAUCGAUCCGGCGAAUCCAGAAGAAGUGACUCCUGUCCUGAAAUCCAAACUGGCUGCUGGAGAGAUAAAGCUGAAUGCAAUUGUCAAUACACAUCACCAUUGGGACCAUGCUGGCGGCAAUGAUGAGACUCUGAAGGUGUUCCCUCACCUGCAGGUAAUCGGCGGCAAAGAUUGCAAACAUGUCACAAAAACACCAGCUCAUGGUGAGACAUGGAAGAUAGACGGCGCGCAGCGUGCUGUCUUCACUGGCGAUACACUUUUCAUUGGAGGGUGCGGACGCUUUUUCGAGGGCACUGCAGCUCAGAUGCAUAAAGCUCUUAAUGUGACGCUUGCGUCUUUGCCAGAUGAUACCAAAGUCUACAGUGGCCACGAAUAUACCAAGUCCAAUGUGAAAUUCCUCCUUGCUGUAUCGAACUCGGCGGCCAUCAAGAGACUUCAUGAUUUUACAAAGAAUAAUCAGCAGACACAAGGGGUUUUCACUAUCGGAGAUGAAAAGGCCCAUAAUGUCUUCAUGAGACUCAGCGACCCCGAGGUCUUGAAAGCAACAGGCAAGAAGGAUCCUGUGGAGGUCAUGACUGCUUUAAGAGAGAUGAAGAACGCAAUGUAA